CUGCAAUGUCUAUAUCAUCUUUCUCUAUCACGAAUCGAAUGAGCAGACAGGCAGAACGAACUAGACUGAGUGAGUAUUUGAGGUGGGAGUUCGUAGCAACGCAAAAGGCAUGACAAUGACAUCACUAAACUGUUGAUAUUCUAUUCUUUGAUCAUGAUCUAGGUUUAUCAAAAACAAAGAAUGCCGGAUUCCAAAGGUGUUAUCCGUGGGGCGCUGAAGCUCAAAGGCGAGCCCCUACAGGAUGCCAGCAAGAAGAAAAAGAAGAAGAGCAAGAAGGAAGAUGGAGGUACUAUUGGGAAGUCAUCUUCCCUCACUUCAAGCGCUUCCUCUUGCUCCAAUAUGGACGUCGCCCGACCAGCCAAGAACACCCACAACCCCCACCUAAACGGUUCUGCAAACGACGACGACGAUGAUGACAUUCUCAAUGGAGGAGCUAAAAACCAAGGACAAGGACAAGCAGGUUCAUCAUCUUCUUCUUCGAGUACCCAAGUCUUGUUGCCGCAAAGCAGAUUGACGGAGUCUCAGAAGAGUUUCCUGAUCGCUCACGAAAAGCGCCAAGCGGAAGCGGUUGAGAAAAGUGUCAAGCUAACCCAUCGUGAGAAAAUGGAGCGCUUCAAUCGGCAUUGCGCAGCACUGAGUGAGCACUUUGAUAUCCCGAGAGUCGGACCGGGCUGAGGUUUACCCAGCUCUUUGGACUACCUUGGUGUAGUCCUCCUUGUAUGGAUCGUAUGCACGACCUGGUCGUGGGAAAUUUCACACAAAUUCUUCUUGGUUUCCUAACAAAAAAAAGUACUGGAUGAACAACACAGACCAGGACAACAAUGAACACAGACAAAGACAUUGAAAGUGGUUGUUGUGGUCAGACUCUUAAUUCUUGUUCUGACCCUUUGAUUCUUUCAGUUUGCGGAGGAAACACCUCUUACAAACACCUCACAGACGUCUCCAGGAAAUGCGCUGCCCCAAUGAAGACCUCAUGGUGAUACCUAAAAGCAACGAAACUACUUAGUUAGGGCCUGUAGUUCUGGCGAUUGCUCAACAGAGGAUCAGGUGUUCGCCUAACAGUUAGAAGAGUUGAUCAGCGACAGCACUGGCGAUUAUGAAAAUAGACGACUUCGGGGUAAGAAAAUGAGUCAGACAUUGCUGUCCUGGUUGUUCCGUGUUCAUCAGCGUCGGGAAGCUUGGUUGGCGAAGAUAGAUACUUAAAGAGAGAGGGAGAGCGUCACAAAAUGGCCCGUGAAACGUAAAAUCUGAAAACAACAGAUAUGCGAGACUGGAGUAAAUAGUAGUGGCAA